AGCACCUGCAGUAUUGCCAUGGAAACGAAAAUGUAUAUAAACAAACGGAAUUGCACUUUUGUAACGCUCAGGAAGCAGAACCGCAAAAUAAGAGACACAAGCAAAAACUAAAAUUUUAUUUAUAGAUCACUCUCUGACAUGUCUGAUUCACCAACUACGGCCAGUUAUUUCAAUAUAUUUAUUACUGGCCAAUUAGAAGCAAUGGAAUUUCCAUUAGGGCCAAAUGCAGCAGAAGUGUUUUGUCGCUAUGAAGUUGUGUACGGCCCGGAUUGGGAGUUGGUAUCCGGUGUACAAAGUGGUAUUUCGCAAACGGCAUCGAAUAGGAGUGGCUACUUUAAAGAUAAAAUAAUAUUCAACUUUCCUUUAGAGUGGACUUUUAAGAGUACAACACCUUUUGGUUGGCCACAAUUGAUUGUUUGUAUAUAUGGCAAAACACGUUGGGGUGCGGAAACAUCGUUGGGUUAUAGUCGUAUAAAUUUGCCGGUAUUUGGUUCGAAUGACAACAACCCUAUAGUCACUCCUAUACUUUGUCCACAAAACAGCAAUAUGGUGUCGGAGCUUGCCAGUUGGAUAACUGGACGUAAUCCUGAGUUAAAAGACCCAAAAGCUUUAUUAAGCAAUGGCAAGUUGAAAGGCAUUUCAGCCGAGUCUUAUGGUGAGGUUGUCUUCAAACUUGCAACUAUAUUAAGAGGUACCGAUCGGUUAGGUUACGAUUGGGGUUGAAGCUUUUGAACUCCAAAGGUACUUUUAAGAUAACUUUGGAUGUUAAUGAAAUAUUAAAAUAUCUUUAAAAUAUUGUACAACGUAACCCUCCCCUUAUAUUGUAGUAUCAAUUCCACUAUAGUGUUUUUUCAUCUAAAUCAAAACGGAAAAUUCUGAAAUUUUACAAAGAUUCGUUUACUUUUACAAC